UGAAAAAGUUUCUACCCGAUUGGUUUUAGUAGGGUUUUCACCUUUCUUUCCCACUGACAGCUAAAAAAACCAAAAGGAAACCCUGUCAGGUUGUGACUUUACUUUUAGCCUCAUUUUCUCAGAGACGUUUGCAUAUUGUGAUAGCCACGCCACAGCUAUGGCCCCUAGGAAAUGGAUCUCGAGGAUUGCAUCACGCAGUCUGGCGACAGUGGAGCAAGUGACUAAGCGCACCAACUGCCGCUCGGUUGGCACCCAAACCGAUGUCCUGGCUAAGGGUCCGGCAAAGCGCAAGAAGGUCCAGAACAAGGUCAAGUUUCUGGCUUCGCAGCCACCGCUGUCCCAGUACUUGGCCUUCCACCUGAUGCCGGCAGUCAAUCCACAGGCAACUGAAACAAUAAAACGGCGUCCGGCUACAUUCUCAUACUUUCUCCCCGGUCCUAAUGAGAAGUCUUCCCAGGCGGUGGCCGACCGAAUCGCUGACGCAACCGAUCGGGUCAUCACCGCAAGCUCCGGAGAACGGCAUACAAGCUACCUGAGGUCUGUGGUGAGCAACCGCCGCGAAGAGGCCAACCAGUGGGAUCGUAACCGUCUGAGAAUUCUGCUGGCCCAGAUCAAUGGCGAUCCACCGCCACGCUGGAACUCGGCCACCCAGUUGUGGCUAGAGGUCGACAUGCUGGAGAAGCGCAUAGAGGCCUACGACCAAGGGGAACUGCCGAAUGCCAAGAAUCGCAAUUUGGACAGGAAGAAGGAUAAGGGGCCGUCAGAUGAAGAGGACCAGCGGACGACUUUAAAGGGAACGCGCCGUACAUAGACGUAUCACCCUUGGCACCUUUUCAUACUACGAAACUCGAAUAUUUUAUAUUCAAUGGCUAAUCUAUAAAGUCGAACUCGACUUUGAUACAUACAGAUUGCAUUUAUUGGUACACACAAAAAAUGGAUUCGUUCAAAUACUUAAGCGAUUCAUUAUUUAAUUAUGCUCACUGAAUAAGUUAUGGCGAAAUAUUGCCAUAUUGAUUUGCAAUCAUUACAGUGGAAAAUGGUACUUUGGCCGUAUCUUAA